AUGAUCGAUCAAAAUCGACUCUUUCUCUUCCCGAUUUGGGUUUUAUUUUCUUCGAUUGCUGGAGAGGAUUUCAUUCCCGAAUUCCCGCAUCUAUCACCGAAAAAUCAAACGGAUCAGAUCAGAUAUGGCGGAGAAACGGAUGAACAGAGAUUGCUGUACCAUAUUCUGAAGAACUACGAGAAAGCGGUUCGACCAGUGCGAAACGCGUCGACGCCAGUUGUCGUGAAAUUGGGAAUGACAAUGACGAAUAUUUUUGAUAUGGAUGAGCGAAAUCAAGUGCUAACGAUCAAUGUAUGGUUGGAUCAAGAAUGGGAUGAUGAGCUUUUGCGAUGGAAUCCAUCACAAUUCGGAGGGAUUACGUCGAUUCGUUUACCCUGUGAUCUCAUCUGGUUACCCGAUAUCGUUCUAUACAACAAUGCCGAUGACUACACAGCGGGUUUCAUGCGUUCUCGUGCCAUGGUUCUGCACACGGGCACCGUUUUCUGGCCUCCACCCACUCAGCUGCGAUCAACUUGCAAAAUUGACGUAACCUAUUUCCCAUUCGAUUCUCAGCAUUGCAGUCUCAAAUUUGGCUCAUGGACAUAUCAUGGUUUCCAAGUGGAUAUAACGAAUCGAAGUGUGAAUGUCGAUCUUUCCAACUAUGUUACUUCGGGAGAAUUCGAUCUGGUAGCUGUUUAUCAGAAACGUCGAGUCGUAAAGUACACUUGUUGUCCCGAGCCUUAUCCAGAUCUCACAUUCUACAUUCAUAUCAGAAGAAAGACUCUCUACUACAUGUACAACGUGGUUUUCCCCUGUUUGAUGAUGUCCGUUCUCACUUUAUUAGUCUUUUGGUUGCCACCAGAUUCCGGGGAAAAAAUCGCUUUGGGGAUCACCGUUUUGCUCGCAUUCUCCGUGUUCGUGCUUGCGAUAGCCGAAAAAAUGCCAGAAACCUCUGAUUCAAUGCCAUUGAUCGGUGUUUAUCUGACAGUUGUGAUGGGGAUGACAUCAGUUUCCGUUGUGAUGACCGUUCUUGUGCUCAAUUUCCAUCAUCGAGGUCCUUUCCAUGAUCCGGUACCCCGAUGGGCGAGGGUGCUCGUUUUGGACAAAUUGAGGCGAUUUUUGCGGAUGAAAUUGCCACAUACAGGCUACGGAGACGCAACCCGCGCAACAACAGCCAGCGGCACAACGGGCAUGAUGCGGAGAUUAUCGGUUAGAUUGGCGAUGAAUGAAUUGAAAGGAGAGGUUGUAUCUGAAGUAGCCGGUGAAUCAAACUACUUAUUGCACCGAUAUUUGAACACCGAAAUCCCGAAUGGACACGCAAAAACGGCAACGGAAAGGCAAAUAAAUGGAGAAGUGAUCAAAGAUGGACAGGAGCCGAGAAAUGGAGCCGUGCCGAAAAGUGCCGCAAGAAACAGCGAUGAGCUGAAUGAGAAGCUACUCAAAGCGCUACAGAUUCUCAUCAAGCGACAACAGCUUGAAGAUGACGGCCAAGUGCUUGCAAAUGAAUGGAGACAAGUGGCUCAGGUGAUCGAUCGUCUCCUAUUCUGGAUUUUCUUAAUAGCGACAACCGCGAUUACAACCACUCUAUUGAUCAUUAUCCCCUCCGUUCAUUAUGCAAACGAAACUGGUGAAUUCGAUGAAAAAUUAUAUGGACUUCAU